CGUGUUUGGCUCGGCACCGCAGUCAAUAGAAGACCGUCCGCGUCGCGGUACACACCUCGUCAUCGUUGCCGCCGUCGUCGUCGCCGUAGCAGUCGGUUGUGUGCGCGCGCGUGUCACAAGUGUCCUCCGUACGUGUACCGCGUUAAACAGCAACGGAACAAAUGAGAAACAACGCGGAGAAUAAAAUUCAAAAAGGAAAACAUUAACCCGUAUCGUUUUACUUACCGGCGGAUCCUGUUCGAUCGUUUUUCUCGUCGCGAUUCCGCGUACGUCGGCUUCGCGUUUUCGCCGAGUGCGGUUUUCUCUCUCUCUCACUCUAUCUCUCUGACUGUUUGUCUCUCCUUACCUGGACCGAACAACAAUAUCGCGCCGUCACCGCGUACGCCAGUGCAUGCGGCCGUAAGCGAACAAAUCUCGUGUCGCAUCGCCAUGGACGAUGACCGGACGUCGCAGCGACCGCGAUUAGCUGCAGCCGGUCGUCACCACCGCCGUAUUCGUCAUAGCGGAUCAUCGUGGUCGCGUUAAGCGCACCGUCGCGUGCCACAUCAGUCUAGUUUCCGCUCGUCAUGCGUACGCCUGGGAACCGCCGCAGAUCCGAUGACCGCAGCUUUGCCGCCAUGGCCGCCGUCGCGUUUUGCGCUCUCGCCGUCUUCGUGCCUGCAGAGGUACACUGCGGCCGAGCACCCCGGAUCGUAGAACAUCCCACGGACAUCACAGUCGGGACGCACGAGCCGGUCACGUUGAACUGCAAGUCCGAAGGGCAGCCACAACCGGACGUCCGAUGGAUGCGCGACGGACGGCCCGUGGACGUAACCGGUAGCAUCCGCAAAGCGCUUUUGCCCGACGGCUCGCUGCUGUUCUUGGAGGCGUCUCAGGGCAAGCGCGACUCCGAUUCCGGCACGUACUGGUGCAUAGCUAACAACUCGUUCGGAGAGGCCGUCAGCAGGAAAGCCAAUUUGAUUGUCACAUAUUUGAAACAAGACUUUCGGGUGCAGCCCAAAGACGUGACUCCAGCGUCCGGUGACACGGCCGUUCUGGAAUGUGAUCCGCCCAAAGGACAUCCCGAACCGUUUGUGGUGUGGCACAAAAACGGCCAGCCUAUGCCAGCGGAUGAAAAAAAAAGAUGGUACAUACAAGACACUGGAAAUUUAAUUAUUCGAGACGUGAAAUCCGAAGACGAUGGAUCAUACACAUGUGUAGCUAACAAUUUAGCCGGAGUCCGGAGAUCUAAACCGAUCCUGUUAGUAACUCAAAUACGUCCAUACAUGAUCCAAGCUCCAAAGGACACCGUGGCCAUGGCUGGUUCUAGCGUACAGUUGCAGUGCAAAAUCGGUGGCACUCCGCAGCCGGAAGUGUUUUGGAAAAAAAUUUCGAACACGGGCGUCGCACAACAUAUACGCCCUGAUCACUAUAGGAAUGAGAAGCUUUCCGAAGACAGAGACACGUUCGAGCACGUUUACAUAACGCAAGACGGCAGUCUGAGAUUAGACAACGUAAGUCCGGAAGACGAAGGGAAGUACGUGUGUCACGCAGAAAAUCACCAGGGCAAAGUAAACGCUGCAUCUUCCCUUACCGUGCACUCUGUUCCAUUAAUCGCUCAAAGGCCGGCAGACACGCACGUAUCGGCCGGAAGCAACGCUAUAUUCGAGUGUGGAGUCAGGGGCAACCCUAAGCCAACGAUAUUCUGGUCUUUGCAAAACAACGACACCGUCUUGUUCCCCAAAGAGAGUUGGAACGAGUUCCACGCUGAAGACACAAAAGACUCUGUGUCUACCCUGAUCAUAUAUAACGUCAAAAGAGAACAGCAUGACCAGCUGGUGGUCAUGUGUUCGGCUACCAACGAAGCGGGAUCGGACGAGUGGAGGGCCACGUUAACCGUUGCAGCGGCCGCGUACGAGGAUACCCUGCCACCGAUCAUUGAAUACGGUCCAGCCAAUCAGACGCUGCCAUACAGCUCGAUCGGAAACCUGGUGUGCAAGGCCAUCGGAAACCCGCAACCGGUGAUCACGUGGUACAAGGACGAUUCGCCUCUGUCGACGGAAAUAGCCAGGAUCAACAUCACGGAUACUGGGACCCUGCAGAUUUCCAACCUGCAGAAAAGUGACAACGGCGUUUACACGUGCGUGGCGUCCUCGGUGAACGGGAAGGCCACGUGGAGCGCUGAGCUGAAAAUGGAAUCGCCGAAGAACCCCAACGUCGGCUUCUUCAGAUCGCCCGACCCGUCCACGUUUCCCGGGGCUCCGAGCACGCCGGUCGUCGUCAACUACACGGACACGUCCGUCGUGCUGUCGUGGGGUCGCAACGGCAAGGUUGGAUCGUCCCCCUUGCUCGGCUAUCAGGUGGAAAUGUUCACUUACGGCGAGAACGUCGGGUGGGCAACGUUGGUGCGCAGACUGCACUCGACUCAUUUCACGCAAGCAUUUUUGCGGCCCGGACGGUCCUACCUGUUUUUGGUGCGCGCGGAAAACUCACACGGUCUCUCACCGCCCAGCCAUUUAUCCGGUCGCGUCACGCUGCCCACAGAAUACCACCAGAACGUUCCCUACUCCCACGACAUGUCCAUUGCCAAGUCCACGUUAUUCGGCGGCCACAUCGUCGACCUCAUCGACAUCAAGACCGUCAGUUCGACUUCGAUAAAACUCUUCUGGGAGAUACUCAACGGAGAGUUUUUGGAAGGUUUUUAUCUGUACUGUCACAGCAAAAACUUGACCGGCCGAAAUUCUACGUUAAUGAAGUUAUUAUCGAACGCCACGGAGCUGUCCGGGGCUUACGUGGUCAACUCACUGCAGCCGUCGGUUAGUUAUGUGUUCUUCUUGGUGCCGUUCUACAAACACAUCAAGGGCCGACCGUCGAAUUCGAGAACCGCCAAGACUCACGAAGACUGCCCGUCCGAAGCACCCCAGCACGUCGAGCCGAUCGCGUACAACUCCAGCUCGGUGUACCUGAAAUGGAAUCCACCGCCGGAGGACUCGCACAACGGCGUCAUCACCAGUUACCAGGUGGUCAUACAAGGCGGUGUUGGCUGGGACGUGCUGAGCAACGUUACUGUCAGCGCCAGCACGCCGACGCUUCUGCUGACGAACCUCACGUCGGGUGUCCGGUACAAGGUCAUGAUCGCAGCCGCGACCAAGAUCGGUUUCGGCCCGUACACCGAUCCCAUCCUACUGCCCACGGAAUCCAUGAAUCAAAUCAACAAAUUUAACGACGCGGUAAUCGACCACGAGGAGAUCAAAGAGUUCGUAGCCGAACCGUGGUUCAUCCUGUUGAUGGCCGGCGUCAUUACGCUGAUGAUCGUACUGCUGGCGGCCAUACUGUUCGUCAGGUACCGGCAACUGGGCGCGAAGAAGUCGCAUUUAGGAGAUUCGUUGAACGCCGCCAACAAGCUCUCAUAUUCGUCCGGUUUCAAAACGACAUUGGACGCGUCCCACCGGGGACAAGUGGCUUCGUUCUUGCAAUCCGAUCACAGCGUGUCCAACAGUCAACGGUGCCUUUUCAUCGACGCGAACUCGUGUCACAAACCCAACUGGAUGCAUCACGACAUCGAUAGCAGCGAAAAAGACUCCAGCCAACAGCUGCUGCCGGAAAUCGCGGACUACGCGGAAGUGAACCCGAACACGAUGAGCACGUUCUUGAAGGAACGCGAACUCUCGUCACCCGCUCCUUACGCCACUACCACGUUGGUCUCGAAUUCGAGCUCUAGAAACAUGAGACGCAAUUCCGAGGACACGGCGUACGCAUCGGCCAACAUUUACCGCGCUCAAAACGUGUACUCCGAAAGUGGUUACAGCUGUUGUUCGAGCAACAACGAUUGUCAGAGCUGCAUGGACGAUUGCGGAAGCAUGCACGGCGUUCCCGUGUCAGUCGUCCUGAGCGGUUGUGGCCGGAAAACGUUCAGCGAAGUGUCUCACCACAGCAACAAAAGCGGUUCGCGGUUCAAUUAUCCACCGUACUCGUCGAGACAAAGGGCCCUGGUGCGCACCACAUGCUCAUCAAACGGUUAUCACUACGUGGACCCAACAGGGGUGACGGGAGGACCGGUCAGCUACAACAGCGGAUACGGUAGGGAAUGCUCUCCACCGGACGUGGUCGGAUUAAACGUUCAACAACAGCAGCAGCAGCAGCAGCAUCACCAACAACAACAUCAGCAGAGGUCGCCAUGUUAUGCUGAAGCCGACUCCGGAAAGGGGCAGAUCUCGUGAGCUCCUUCUGCGACACGCUGACGUUCAGCCGACCGAUCGCAGACUUAGUGCGCAGUGGCAUGUUUGGGAAAACGGGAAAGGCGUUAGAAUGACGUGCAUUUUUAAAUUGACAAAUUGUUUACAAAUAUUAAAAAAACCAUAGUUCUGCCUUUGCUCGUCCUUUCAUUCCUCGCCGUUGCGUGAUUCGAUGUGUAAUAAUAAGGAGCAUGCGAGGUGUAAAUUCUAAAGACGAAUUUUAUCUCGAUCCUGCAACUCGAUCGAACAAAAAGCGGACGGGUCUCGAUCACUAUCAACCAAUAAACCCUCAUUCUCCGUGUUUUUGAAUCUCCGACUCUUCGCACGAGAGUGAUCAAAGAAAAUGACCUGAGAUCAAGACUUCAAAAAGCGUAAUCCAACGCGAUCUGCGAAUGCACCACCGGGACACUGCGGUUGAAAAGUAACGCGCACAAUUAAAACCGAUAUCGUGAAGCCGAUACAACGGACUGCCCGGUAUUCAUGCCCUGUGAUUUCAAUCAUACUGUAAUAAUAUGUUAAGCAUUAUCGAUACACUAAUGUUAGAUUAUAAUAAUCAUUGUGAUACAUACGCCCCUCCUCCUGUUCAACCUCGUCGUAGUGUUUUCAGAACUCGUGACUCGUUGGUAUCGUUUUACAUUUUUCUAGAUGACCACCGCAAUAAAAGCCCGUCACGGUUCUAAUACGUAACUCACCGAUGUAUUUGAUAUCAUUACAAUAUUAUAAAUUAUUAUCAUGAUUAUUUGACACUUUUCGUGUAAUGUUUUUGUCGAACGCAUGCUGCACGUGUAUACGACGGAAUUAUAACGCCGUGUUUAUUGUAAUAAGAAUAAUAAUAAUAACAUGUAAAUCUAGUGCCAAUGUAUAUUUUGUAUUGAUCAAACCAUGUGUAUAAAUUAAAAUAAAACCUUCCAUUUGUUAUUGAUCGAACUUUA